UUUGGGAGAUUAAAAAAGAAUCUAUCUAGUCAGUAGUCCUGAUUUCACUCAUUGAUUGUCUGAACCGCCUUAAAGAAUCCUCCUCAUCUCCUUUACCCGCACGCCACCCACCACCCAACCCAACCCAAAACCAACACUCUUCAAUUCAAUCUCCACAAAAUCAUUCAAUAAUUUCACACAAUGUCUUCCCCAAGCAAACGCAGGGAGAUGGAUUUAAUGAAGCUGAUGAUGGGUGAUUACAAAGUGGAGAUGAUCAAUGAUGGUAUGCAAGAGUUUUAUGUCCAGUUUCAUGGACCUAAAGACAGCCCUUAUCAGGGAGGUGUUUGGAGAAUUAGAGUGGAGCUACCCGAUGCAUAUCCGUAUAAGUCUCCUUCAAUUGGAUUUAUAAACAAAAUUUACCACCCCAAUGUUGAUGAAAUGUCAGGUUCGGUUUGUUUAGACGUCAUCAAUCAGACAUGGAGUCCAAUGUUUGAUCUUGUGAAUGUGUUUGAAGUCUUCCUUCCACAGCUUCUUUUGUAUCCAAACCCGUCGGACCCCUUGAAUGGAGAUGCUGCAGCACUGAUGAUGCGGGACCGAACUGCAUAUGAGCAGAAAGUUAAAGAGUACUGUGAGAGAUAUGCAAAGCCAGAGGAUGCUGGGGCUGUGCCUGAAGAAAAAUCUAGUGAUGAUGAAGAACUGAGUGAAGCUGAAUAUGCUUCUAGUGAUGAAGAAGUUGCUGGAAAAGCUGAUCCUUGAUUAAGUGCACAUGUACAUCAUAACUAGUAUUUCCACCUUAAAAGCAUUCAAUGCUUGAAUAAUUCUUGUAAACACUUGUUUCUUUUGUAACCUUACCUUUGUUGUUUGUUUAUAUUGGAUUUAUUCUCAAAAGUUAAUGAU